CGCCGCGCGAACAACUAGAGGGGAGACUCUGGCCGAGCGAGCCCAGACGACCACCUGAACGACUUCGAAACUUUUUAGCGGCACUUAUGCCGCUGCUACAUCAGGAUACAAGCCGCGGGGCUGGUGGCUCAGCGGAGAACCGGCGAUCGCUGGCGGACUUUCUCGGGUUCGACGCCGCCCGCCUGCAGCCCGCCGCCGCGCCCGCGCCCAACCAUCGUGGUAAUGACUGCAACUCUGACGAGUGGCGGUGGGAGGAGCCAGGCAGCCCAGAGGCGGCGCAGACGCCGCGGUCGCUCGUGCCCGCCGCCUGCUUCCCGCCGCGACAUCCAAGGGCCUUUGCUAGCUACAGUGAGAGCGCGCGUCCCGGGACCGGGUGGGGUGAGGAGACCAAUGGACAAGGGAUCACCGAUCUUGUCGCGUCCUUAAAGGCCCUGGCGAUGCCGGCAGCGGCGUCCCCGCGGGUGAAGACCUCUAUACACAUGCGGCUCAGCUACGAUGCUGAUAAAAAUAUGGACUCCCCCUGGAGCACGGAGCUGCCGCCGUCGGGCCCGGCGCGCGACGAGAUGCGCGUGUUGCCGCGCCGAGCGUCGUUUUGUGGCGUGGUGUCCAGCGGCCGCAACGGUACCCAGUGCCUCAGCUGGAGUGGGCCGCUGCCAGCACGCUGCACCGACCCCAGCGGCGGGUUCAGCGUCAAGGUGUUCAUCGGAGGCCUGCCCUACGACAUCAGCGAGCAGGGCUUGCUGCACACCUUCCGACACUUCCAGCCUGUACGGGUGGAGUACCCCGGGCGUGAGGACGGCUCGGUCGCGGGCCCCAGAGGCUUCGCGUACGUGACGUUUGAAAGCGAGCGACGUGUCAGGGCGCUGCUGGCUGCGAGCCGCCGCGACGGCAACAACUGGUACUACCGUGUCGCCUCUAGGAAGAUGCGCAGCAAGGAGGCGCAAGUCAUCCCCUGGGCAGUGUCGGACUCCAACUGGGUGAGCGGCGGGUCAGCGCGGCUGGAACCAGGCCGCACGGUCUUCGUGGGCGCGCUGCACGGGAUGCUCUCAGCGUCUGCGCUGGCCACCAUCAUGAACAACCUCUUCCAGGGCGUGGUCUACGCUGGUAUCGACACUGACAAGAACAAGUACCCCAUCGGGUCGGGCCGCGUCACCUUCAACAACGUGCGCUCCUACGUGCGCGCCGUCUCCGCGGCGUACGUCGAGAUAUGCACCGACAAGUUUACUAAGAAGGUGCAAGUGGACCCUUAUUUGGAGGACUCAAUGUGCUCGGUGUGCAACCUGCAUCAGGGGCCCUACUUCUGUCGGGAGCCUAUUUGCUUCAGAUACUUCUGUCACUCGUGCUGGUCGUGGCAGCACCCACAGUCGCAGCACCGGUACCUGACCCGCGGGUCCCGCGCCGCCGCUGGCCCCAGCAAGCCCGACGACCCGUCCCCCAUCUACAACGGAGGCUUGCAUCCUAAUAAUGAAGGUACACCGUCUCCUUCAACGAGCGGCACUAGCGGCGCGAGCGAGUUCGAGCACGCCGACGACGCCGACGCCGCCUCCUGGGGGCUGCACUAGCACCGCACCGUCGCGCGACACCGGGGAACGAUACGUCACCAGUGACCAUCACUGAAGAUACACCACCAGUGACCAUCAUUGAGAUACGUCAUUAGUGACCAUCACUAAACAUAUACGUCACUAGUGAUUAUCAUUAAUGAGAAAUGUCACUAGUGACCAUCACUAAUGCGUCACUAGUUGAUUAUCACUAACGAGGUACGUCACUAGUGAUUAUCACAAUGAGGUACGUCAUUAGUGACCAUCACUAGAUACGUGUCACUAGUGACCAUCACUAGAUACGUGUCACUAGUGACAAUCACUAUACUCUUACACCGUAAAUUUUAACCAAGUUUUAAUUUAAAACAAUUUUACAUCUUAUCAUGUCCGUAUCGGCGGUGUCGCGCCGUUGUCGAGCCGCUAUUAAGUUGGGCGCUUCGUCAGCAAACGCUUUAGUAACUAUGGUUGAUAUACCCUCGAUGAAUCAAGAGCAGAAGAAUUUUCAGUUGGAUGUUGAUUUUCUUUUUACUUAUAAUGUAUGAAGUUUUGUUCAAAUCAUUUUUUUUAUUAUAUUUUUAUACUUUGUUUACUUUAAGGACUAUCGUUGGAACUACAUUUAGUAGCUUUUUGAUAUUUUGUUGAUUUGUUUAUAUACAUAUCGUGUAUGGAAUAUUUUUGAAGUGUUAAAAUAUGUAUACGGGUCGAGAUGUAGUAAGUUUAUCAUUUUUCAAAUCUUAACUGGGUACUUCGAAUCUUUGCCGAGGUAAGAGUGAAUUUUCACAGCACCUUAAGUUAGUGUUACUCCACAAAAUCCUUUCUCUUUUAGCAAAUAUCCGGUUAGUACUUAUGUACGUGCAUCAAGUUCUAACUGGUUAUUGCAAAAUGAAAUGAUAAGGAUAUUUUUCUAUCUUACUUCUGGGGCUCUGAAAAGUCACUCUUACCCCAGUAAGGAUCUGUUUAUAUAGGGGCAAAGUCAAAGCCAAUCGAAGUAUCGGGCCGAAAUUUAACGUAAUAAAUUCAACCUUGAAAGUCUACAGCGUAACGAACACAUUACGUCAUUUUAUAAAGUGUUACUCUGUGUAUUUAUGGUUGAAUUUGUAAAGUUUUGGAUUGAUAUUUCGAUGCGUUUCGACUUUGCCCUAGUAUAGACACUAAGAUUCACAAUCUUAGGGUGGUAUUAAUAAACUAGUUUCAGCUGAGACUGCCCUCAAGAUCAUGCUCAAGUCCCUGUUUUUAUAUAAGAACUGUCACAUUGACAUGAUCUUGAGAGCAGUCUCAAAGCCGAGAUUAGUUUAUUAAUACCACCCUCAGAGUUGGUAAGAUUUCGAAAAUCAAAUCGUAGCUCGGUACAUCUCUGAAGAUUAGCUAACGUGUAUACAUAUUUAUAGACUGUAUGUACUUGUCUAUUUCUUAUUUACGGUUUUUGCUUGUGUUCGAUGCAGCAUUUUAUGGCAAUUGUUAUUGAUAAGACGUUUUGUCAAAAUACGCCUUCCGCGUAGAAAAUGUUCCUUAGAGAAAUUUACAUAAAGGUGCCUAUUAGAUGUUAGGGUUUUAAUA